CCAGAGAGAUCCCAAGCUUGCUGGCCAGCUGGCCCGCCCAGAAGGCCAUGGCCAGUCCUCCCCACCCACAGGGAGUAUCGCCGCACUCCCUUCACAGAUUCCCCAACUCUAGAGGCCCUGAUCCCCCUUAAACACACCCAGACCACUGGCAUUAUGACGCUCCCGGUCUCCUCACCAGCUAUUCUGCGUGAAGGGCUGUUCCUGAAUGAUGUGGAGCACUCCUUUCAGCCGUGGGUCCCCCUGCUGGGCCAUCUGCAGAGAACCGUGAUGGAGGGAGAGUACCUUCCCCUGGGGCCGUUGCUGCCAAUGUUUGAGAGCAACUUCCUGCAGGUGACAAACCGGGGGGAGGCUAUUUUUCUGCACAAGAAGGAGAACCCUGUGACGAUGGGUGUGGCAUCCUCCAUCCCUGGGCUCCUGCUCCCAGACCUCAUCCUGCUCGCCCGGCCAGUCAGAAACAGGAGGCAGAAGGCCCUGGAGCUCACCAGGCUGCUGCCCACACACCUGGCCCGUUUGUUCGUCCACAACGGAGCUUGCUGGAGGCUGAAGCUCCGCUUGGCCUCAGGCCGCAGCUUUUACCUGCAGCUGGACGCCAACUGGAGGGAGGGCUGCUUGCUUUUCAACCGCUGGAGAUACCUGGUGUACCUGCUCCAAGGGUCCGCACCAGCCCUCGCCCUCCAGGCCCCCAAGGACCACCCCAAGGACAAGAGCCAGAGGAGGUCCCCUGCCGACUCCACAACACUGAAGGCCAAGGAGAAGAUGUCGAGGGCAGUCAAUGGCACCAGUCCCUUCAUGACCCAGCCGGAGCCCCCAGCCUGGAAACGAAAGGAGAAAAAACCAGACCACAGACAUGCCAAGAUGGAUCCUCCUGGGACCCGAGUGCAAGAAGGGCGGUCAACAGUCACCAUCUGGACCCUCUUCAGCACCAUCUCCAGCAUCCUGAACCAGCCCAAGGCCUCCGAAACAUCCACCCCAAAGACUUCAAGCUCAUGGCCCUCCAGAAUUAGACCUCCUGUGGUCCCCCACCAGACCUCAUCUUCUUGGCUGGGCUCCCGCCGACAGUCCGAGAAAAUAUCUCACACGUCAGCCUCUUCCAGCACACGCCUGUUGGGCUCCCAGUCCCAAACAGGUUUUACCCCGACGUGGAAAAACAUCCAUCCGUGUCUACGCACCUGCUUCAAAAGUCCAAAAAUCUUCUCUGAUGCCCUGGCCUGGGCCAACCCCCUCAGCUACGCCCCGGCCCAGCUCCAGCCCCAACACACCCAGCACGAGGUCCCACUCAAGACUGCCCGACCUGAUAAGUCCCUAAGGAAAGAUGCUUCCAAGUUGAGCUUAGAGCAGGCCGUGGUCCUCACAGAGCCUAAGGAAGCAGCAGAGUUACCCCACGUUUGUUUCAAGCAGCAAGAGGACAGCUCCUUGUCCUCAGCAAAGCAGUCCCAUCCCAAGUCCACACCUUACCAGCUACAGCCCUAUGAGUCCACCCAAAUGUCUGACCUUUCCACCAAGGCCUCACUCUAUCCACCCCCUGAGGCCUCAUCUGACCAUUUCAUCAAGGCCUCAGAGCCCUCUCCCACCCCCAAGGCUCCAGAACCCUCCCCCUUCCUCAUAGCUCUAGAGCCCUCCCCCUCCCCGAAGGCUCCAGAACCAUCCUCCCUGCCCAAGGCUCCAAAGUCCUCCCCCUUCCCCAUGGCUCCAGAGCCCUCCAUCUCCCCCAAGGCACCAGAGCCUUCCCCCUUCCCCGAGGUUCCAGAACCCUCCCUGCUCUCCAAGGCUGCAGAGCUCUCUACCUCUUCCAAGGUGCCAGGGCCUUCUCCCUCCCCUAAGGCUCCAGAACCUUCCCCCUCCCCCAGGGAUCCAGGACUCUCCCCCUUCCUCAAGGAACCAGAGUCCUCCACCAUCCUAAAGGCUCCAGAGCGCUCUGGACCCACUAAAGCCACACCUGAACAGCCAGACAAAGCCUCACCUAAAGGCUUCAUGAAAUGGCUAUUUUACCCAUUUUACCCAUUUAUCAAAGCCUCCUCCAAACACCCUAAAAAAUCCUCAUUCCAUCCAACUACCAAGGCCUCACCUCACCGUGUCAUCAAGGCCCCACAGCCCUCCCCCUCUCCCAAGGCCCCACAGCCCUCCCCCUCUCCCAAGGCUCCAGAGCCC